UCGCAGCAAUUCGUCAACGAAGCAACCCAAAAACCGAACAUUUGUCAAUUGUCUCCCCACCGAGGAUCACUAAGGAUUACCAUCAAAAAGAGCAGAAAGAGCAGCAGGGAUCAUGUUCGUUCGUCCACUCAUUAUUGGUUGCCUCCUGGCACUCCUGGCCGUGGCUCAGGCACGCCCACAGUAUGGCUAUGAGCAGCCCGGCCCUGGGCCCACGGAGCCCCACAUUUUCAUUGGUGGCAAUGGCAACGGCAACGGCAACGGAAACGGCAACCACAUUGGCGGUGGCCUGGUGGCCAUUCAACCACAUCGCGGCGGCGACAAGUACCUGCCGCCGGCCAGCACCACCCAAGCGCCGAUCAUCAACAAGAAAUUCUACGUGGUGUCGGCGCCCGAGGACCACAGCAACGAUGGCAAGGUGAAGCACUUGGUGCUGGGUCGCCCGCAGAAGAACUAUCGGGUGGUGUUCAUCAAGGCGCCGGCGGGCGACAAUGCCAAUGUGAAGUAUUCGGCCGAGUUUGCGCCGCAGGAGGAGAAGACCGUCAUCUAUGUGCUGUCCAAGAAGGACAACGAUCUGGAUGCCACGGACAUUGCCACGCCAGCACCCACGCAGCCCAGCAAGCCGGAGGUCUUCUUCAUCAAGUACAAGACCGACGACGAGGCCAAGCAGGCGCAGCACGAGAUUCAGGGACAAUACGACAAGCUGGGCGGCACCAACGAGUACCAGGAGGACAAUAAUGCGCCGAUUACGUCGGUCAUUGGCAGCUUGGAUGGCCUCAAUCCCGAUGGCAGCUACAACUAUCGCCAGAUUGGCAAUCGGCCAUCGAGCUCACCCAGUGCCCAGUAUCUGCCCAGUUUGCUGAAGCAUUAAUCAACACACAAUCAUCGCUCCUCCCCCACACACACACACACCCAUUAGUUCAGUUCAGUGUUGCAUAAUUUUAAGAUUCAACUGCACCUCUCUUUUUUUUGGUAUUUUUUUUUGUUAUUUGUUGCCAAUAAAGUUU